AUGCUGGAGCUGUCGCGUCGUGAAUUGGAAGUCGCGACUGGCCCCUGCGCCGGCGGACGGCGAAAAGUGCUGCCGAUCCCUGCCGCAACUCUCGGGAGCGCCCUCGUUCUCAUCAACUGCAUCGCAGCCAUCGCAGCCAACACCACGAUAAUGCCCAUCCGCAUACGACUACGCGCGCCCAACGGCCAGCACACCCUCUCCCUCGACGACAACGCCGCCGUGUCUGACCUGCUUUCAUCCAUCUCCGAUGCCACGGGCCUACCGCUCUUCGAACUCAAGUGGAACUUUCCACCCCAGCCGCUCGACCCCGCGCUCUAUGGCUUGUCAACACUACUCAAAGACACCGAUCUGAAGCUUAAUGGUGCGCAAAUCAUCGUCAUUGCGAUAGCAACAGGAGACCCUAGCGAGAAGAAGGCCGAAGAAGAAGGCUCAGGCUCCGCGCCCCUAUCACUGAAGCGGAAACAAGCCUCUGCGCUCAAAGACACCCCCGAGGUCCCUGUGCCAGAUCGCGGCGGUACCAUGGUGUUGCGGGUCAUGCCUGAUGACAACUCCUGCAUGUUUCGAGCUCUUGGCAGCGCUGUGCUUACCGACACACUCGACUCCAUGACAGAGCUGAGGUCUCUUGUAGCGCAAGCCAUUCAACGGGAUCCGGACAUGUACAACGAAGCGGUCCUGCAGCGCUCGCCAGACGAUUACUGCAAGUGGAUAUCAUACUCAGACUCUUGGGGUGGUGGCAUCGAGCUGAGCAUUCUGUCACAGGAGUUCGACAUUGAGAUUGCCAGCAUCAACGUGCAGGACUUGCGAGUGGACCGCUUCAAUGAAGGCAAGAAGAAGCGCUGCAUCCUUGUCUACUCGGGUAUCCACUACGAUACGAUCGCUUUUGUUCCGGGUGGAUCGUCAACCUAUGAUCCAGAGAAUGACAUCAAGCUGUUCGAUACCGAGGAUGACGUGAUGUUGGAAGCAGCUCGGCAAUUGUGUGGCGAGCUUAAGAAGCAACACUACUUCACCGACACACAAAAGUUCGAUAUCAAGUGCAACACAUGCGGCUGGCAAGGCGCCGGUGAGCGGGGCGCUGUAAAGCAUGCCGAGGAAACUGGGCACACCGAUUUCGGCGAAGCCAACUGA